UUCGAUCCAUACUGGAUCCAUAGAAGGGCUAUCCUUCCGUUGGUUCCCUCCUCCCACCCCUGCUUUUCCUCCCCUUUCCUUUGUCAGCAUCAGCUAAAACCCGGAGACUCCGAAGUGAAACAGCUCUCUCUGCCCAAGCCUUGGGCAGAUUUGGAGGGUGGGGGAAAGUAGGAGAGAGCUUUUCUCCCUCUACAUGCGCCCCUAGUCUAUAAAACCCCGAGGUUGGCCAAGAUUAGCCCCAGAGUUCACGGGAGAAACCUGACGAAAGAAACUGCACCAUCUAGCAGUCCCACGGGGGCGCGCAGUAGGGGCCCAGUGGUUCCAUGGAGACCCAGGCUCCCCAGAUCCUGAGUUUGGAGCCUUCGGGGUCGAUGCCCUACGGAGACCCACAGCUAGCGGAGGAGAGCCCCGAUCCAGAGACCCUAAGGGUAGGAGGGAGUGGCGGCGAGAGGCGCCACAACUGCCCGGACGCCCCGGCUCGGAGCCCUCCCCCUCUGCCUAGGGACAGCCCCCAGCUCUCCGAAAAAGAUGCCAGCCUCUUGGAGCAGGAGCUGCUGGAUACCCGCCGCUGCUGCCGCGCCCGCUCCUUAUCCCUGCCUCCGGGCCCCAUCCUAGAAGCAGCCAAGUUACUGCAGCAGCAGCAACAGCAACAGCAGAGGCUGCAGCCUCAGCCCCGGGAUCCCAGUGCCGAGUGGGGCGCGACGGACAGAGAGGAGGAGCUGCUGAGCCCGGGCGCCUGUUGCACCAAGUGCAAGAAGCGGGUGCAGUUCGCCGAUUCUCUGGGGCUCAGCCUGGCCAGCGUGAAGCACUUCAGCGCGGCCGAGGAGCCGCAGGUGCCCCCAGCUGUGUUCUCCCGCCUCAAGAGCUUUCCCAUGCGGGAGCGGGACCUGGAGCAGAUUGGGGACCUGCUGGCCGCGGCCUUCUCCCCGCUCCUGUCGGAGGGGAGCCGCCCCACUCCGGCCCCAACCCCGGCGCUGCCCCGCCUGCAGCCUCUCUUCCAGCUGCCGGGCCCCGGCGGAGCUGCCUCGGAGCGCCUUCAUCUGCAGCGAGUGUGCCUGGAGCAGGUAGACUGCGGUGCGUCUCCCGCCGGCGAGGUGAAAGGCUCCGGCCGGGUGUUACGCUGCGCCGGGCCCCGGGAAGUGACCGUGCGCUACACCUUCACCGAAUGGCGCUCCUUCUUGGACGUGCCCGCUACGCUGCAACCCGGCCAGCCCGAACAGCUAGAAGCGCAGGGACAAGAGGAGAACGCCGAGCUGGCCCGCCUAGACCUAGGCACCCGGAGAUCUGAGGAGGGGGCUGGGGAAGCCUGCAAGCCGGACGCGGACCGCUUUCACUUUUCCCUGUAUUUGCCUCCGGGACUGAUAGGGGAGGAGGAGGAGCAGCAGCAGCAGCAGAGCUUCGCUGUCCACUUCGCGGUCUGUUACCGCUGCGCGCAGGGAGAGUUCUGGGACAACAACGCCGGGGCCAACUACACCCUGAGCUAUUCUCCCAGCCGCUGCCAGCUGCCACAUCCCGCGCAGGUGCCUCCCGAGGACAGCCUUGGGAGCCCUCACUGAACCGCAGAUCUCCACCCCUUUCCCCUUCCUCCCAAACAUUUGUCCAGUGGUUAGACUUGGAGACUUUGGGGGGUGGGGGUGGGGGGACUGGGGAGCGGUAGCGAGUGAAGGAGGCAGGGACGAGCUCAAGAAACUUUGAGUCUCUUUUGGUGACGUGCAUACUCAGGCUGGGGGUGUGAGUUUGUGAGUAUUUUUCUGCGUGAUCCCAUUUCUCACCUAUAAACUCCUUGGGAUUUUUUUUUUUUGAGCGGGGAGGAAGAGAGAAAAGAAGGAAGGGUAAAGAAACGUCAAACGCUGUGCCUCUGCUGCUUGUUAUGGGGGUGUUAGGUUGGAAAUUUUGGGAAGAAGAUACUAGCCCAAGGUACGCGAACAAUCCCUCUUUCUCCAAGCAAGGUGGAUCCUGUGAAUAAAGAAAGUUGAAGGAGAGUCUCCAGAAAUAUCGAGAAACAGAAGAGCAUUCUUUGAGUUGGGGAAAGGGAUGUCCUGUAAAGUAUGGGACUAGAAAGUUAUUUUGACCAGAAGACAUUUCACCUGCCUCAUUCUGCGGAAACUAUGGGCUACAGUGACCCAGAGAAAAGAGACUCUAAAUAAAUUAUAGGAAAAGAUGGCUCUGCCUAUGGGGUGCUACAGAUCCUUUAUGGGGUGCUUUAAAAUCCAUCUGUCCAGGGAUUCUCGAUAGUUGAUCUGGACUUAGGCACAUGCAGAUUUCUUCCACUGUGAACUGAUAAAUGCCCAGGAUUCUUUACCUCCACACUUGGAGCUGUACAACUCACCCAUUUUUGUAUGAAUGCUUUUUAUAAAGCAGCAUUUUUAAGGGCAAUGGGAUGCUCAUUGAAUUGCGUUUCCUACUUCUGCUGCCUUCAAGUUUUAGAGGCCUUGACUGACAGGAUUUGUCGGGUUGAUAAUAUAUGCACUUUAAUUAUUCUCAGUGAUUUUAAAACUUUGCUUACCUCUUCCCCUCUCCCCAGUGUGGAAAAGCUCUGGUUUUCCAUUAUGCACUGAAAUGCCUAAUUUCUGCCAUCCCUAGCUAAAAAUACAGAUUUUUAAAAAUUGGAGGGCAACUACUUUUUAAAAGCAUUAUGUUUAGUUGAUUAUAUUGAAGUGCCAAUCAUUUAGUUGGCCUGUGUACACAAAUAGGGGAAAAAACAACUAUUUCUAGUAGGUGCCCAUAGGCAGGGACUUUUAAACAGCUGUUAGAUUACUAUUCAGUUCUGCUAUUAGCAAUUAGAAAUGUUGGAUUCUGUUUGAAGACCAGGUACAAAAAAAGCGUUUAAAGGUUGUUUUUCUGGAGUUCAGAGAUAACUUGACAGUGAAAAGUGAUAAAACCCAGUAUAGCUAGUGAAAUCAGUAAAAUGGAGCCUGCUCAACUGCCACCUGGUUUAUUGACCUAAGUUCUAAGGCUGGACUGACUUCUUAAUGCAUUCUUGGUUGUCAGAAUUAGAAUUGUGAUGUAGCUAGCCAUCUUUCUGUGACUGCAGGGGGUGGUAGUCUUACCUAAUGAGAACUUGAAUUCACCUAUCUGUCCUCACUAGUUUAUGUGCUAGUUUCAAUUUUCUCUAAAUGGAGCUCCAUCGUUCAUCCAAGUACAAUUAGUUAUGUGUGGAAUAAUAACUAUUUACAGUAUUUAUGGGCAUCCCUGAAACAAUAUGGAGAAACAGUAAGUUUUUUUUAAUCUGUGUUGAUAAUAGUUGUUCUUAAUAAAGUACUGCCCUCAUAACACAAGUUAAGCUUUUUCUUAGUGGAUUUUGCCACUUGCAAUAAGUCUUUCAUAGGCAAUACUUUCAAACUGUUUACAUUAGUGAUUUUGGUUAGAAUAAGUACUCCCACCUAAAAAUCAACACAUCUGUGUUAUUAGUGCCAUUUGUUAUUAACUUGAUAGUUCCAUUUUAAUUUAUAGUAAUUUAUCCCAGAUAACAAACUAGUAUAUCUGAAAUAUGGCACAAGCAAUCCAUGGAGUCUUUGUAGCUUCAUGAAAAACAUGAUGAUUCUCUGACAUUUUCUUGUCUCAAAGCAUUCAAUACUGAAGAGAUGCUUAGGGAAUUUAUUUUUGGACAGGUGUAAUUUAUCUUUAUGGUUAGCAUCAGCAAAUAUUACAUUAAUAAGAACAUGCAUUGUGGUAAUUAGGAUCUCCUAUUGAUAUGUCAUUAGAUUGAUUUCCAUAAAAUGAAAGUAAUUAAAGAUUAAAUUAUGGAGGGUCAUGUACCCCACAUCAACUCAAAUGUAAAAUAAUUUAAGAAUGGAUUGUAGCAAUAGACGUUUACAACAAAAUACUCUUAAAAAUCAAAUGAGACUUUUUAAAAAUGGGAAUUUUGGAGGUUUUAUUUUUUCAUCCCUCUUAGAUUAAUUACUCCAUUAUUACAAAAUAACGAGUCAUUACUUUAAAGUGGAUAGUCCAUACUAUCAACAUGUAAACAUCAGGGGCAGCGAGGUGGCGCAGUGGAUAGAGCACUGGCCCUGGAGUCAGGAGUACCUGAGUUCAAAUCCAGCCUCAGACACUUGACACUUACUAGCUGUGUGACCCUGGGCAAGUCACUUAACCCCCAUUGCCUCACUUAAAAAAACAAAAAACAUGUAAACAUCGCUAACAGCCAAAAGAUAUCUUCAAGUGUUCUCUGGGAAAACUUGCAGACUAGUUUUUCAAAACUACUGAACUGUGAAAAGAACUGUCAAUUAACCAUGUAUUUUGUGUAAAUUAGGAUACAGCUUUGCAAAUUACUUGAAGUCAAUUGAAAAUUUUCAGUUUUAUUUUGAAGAAUCUCAGUUUCUAUUGUAAAUCACAUAAGUAUUUUAUAAUGAAAUGUGAGAUUUUAAGAAGGGCUAAAAUAAUGAUUCAAAGCCUAUGCAGUAUUGUCUCUGAAGUAAAGGAAUGGGAGAUGUAUGUGUUCCCAAACACAUUAAAGAAAUACCUGUCUAUCUA